AUGGCAGGCAAACACAGGCUCCCUACGGGUCUCUCCGACAUCCCGUUCUCCCCAGUCCACAAGAAGCGACGCAUCGUCAAACAAUCUAACCCCUGGGACGAUGUCGAUGACGCCCAGGGCGCCCAAGGCUCCCAGCCCAAGACUUUCACCAAGGAUGAUGCGGACGCGCUAUAUCAUCAAGUGGAGGACUUUGAGAAAGACUACCGAAAGGAAAGCUGCAGAGUCUAUACCGACACGCCCCCCCGCGAGGUCGAGCUACGCAUCACCCGCGUCACCCUCUACCGCCGCAGCCGCUCGAUCCGCCACCUCCUCCACCGCACCUUCUUCCCCGACGCCUCCCUCAUCCUCCGUCCCUCCGCCGAGGCCUACCACACCCUCACCGCCCACCGCGCCGCUCUCACGCGCCACCAAGCCCUCUGGCACCACCGCCGCGCCCGUCGCCGGACCCUCCGCGCCUCCCGCGCCCUCGCCCUACGAACCGCGACCUUCGUCGCCGCCGAGGCCGCCCACGACGCCGACGCCGAGCACGACCCCAACGACCCCCGCGACCCGUCCCGCCACCGCGUCGCCUUUGCCCAGCGGAGGCGAUGGUACCGCACCGUCAAGCGCGACAUGCGCCGCAGGGGCCAGUGGGUCUCCCGCGCGGCCCCCGGCCCGGGCGUCGAGUGGGAGCCCUUCGACGUCCACGGGGACCCGGGCGCCCGCGUGAGCUUCUUCGAGCCCGUCGCCGGGGACUGGAUCCUGCCGGCCCACGUCAGGGACGCGCGUGACCUCGACGUGUUUCUAAACCAGCUGGGGCUACGCUUCACCCCGGUGGAGAUCCCCUUGCGGGACCGGCCGUGGGCUUGA